ACCAAAUGCGCAUUACUCCCGUUCACCUGCACCCUACUACAGUUUCUUGAGGGAUACGGACCCCAGCUGCUGCCUCCUGUUUGUCAAUCUUCAGUUACAAGGCAUAGACUGGAGAUGGGCGCCCCGCUGAUGUUACUCCUGCCACUCAAGAGAUGACAACGCCCACGGAUCCUAUCGUCACUUUGCUCUCACCUGCUAUCCCUUGAUGAGUGGCGCUCUCGUAUCACAACCAUCAUCGUUUAAUCUCUUGGGGAGGCUGGGACGUAGGUACAGGCCUCAGAAAACUAAAGUAACCCGCGGCAUGGCACUACUUGCGGCAGUCCAGACACUCUUCAUCAUCACAAUCUGUCCAGGCGCAAUGGCAGACUUCUUCACCGACUGGGAUCUUUGGCAACAGAUGGCAUUUGUUAUGGGAUGCUGCAUUGCUCUUGUUUUCUGCUUGGGAUUGAUCCGACUUUGGUGGAAGAAUCGCAUCACACAACGAUCAGAAAUACUCGACGCCGAGAAGCGAGCACGGCAAUCUGAUAUAUCCUGCUGUGGUAUAGAGUCAUGGAAGAGCGACGCAAUACCCUUCGGUGUCCGGGCGUUGCAAAGUGGCAUCGAGGUAGAAGGGAUAUGGAUAUCGAGGCCUGACCCUAGCGACACAAGUCUGGUCGCUUCUGCUGCAACUUUCAUGGAAGAUCAACUUGAUCAUCUCACGGAGCCAAAAGCACGCACGCGAGAUGUAUCAGACCUGACUACCGCCCACCAUAAAAGAGAGCCUGGCCUUUUCGGCCAGAUGGCAGACUUUCCUCCAACGACGGCCGCAAACGGACUCGAUGGUUUGACGCGUGAACCUUCCCCCAUUAGUAGCAGUGUUCGGUCCUGCGAUGGUGCAUGCGAACAUAAUGGCUCGACGGCCCAACGACCACUUCGAGAUCCUUCCCGCGGGAGCGCUCGGUAUUCGACGGAGAUGUAGUACUACGGACCUUACGAUCAGUCGAGUGAGGACGUGGGAGCAUCUCGUCGUCGAUGCGUACAAGAGCCAGAGUGCCACAAAAAGCUGCACAAGAAACCUCCCGUUUCGCAGCUUCGGCAGAAGAUGGCAAUAUAAGGGGCAUCUGAGGGACAGGCCGCAGGCACCAACCAUCCACAUACCGUAAUAA